AUGAAGCUGCAAAUGUUCUGGACUGGUCUGGAAUACACCUGCCGGCUCCUGGGCAUCACCACGGCUGCAGUGUUGAUCGGCGUGGGCACUGAGACCUUCCUCCAGGGGCAGUUCAAAAGCCUGGCUUUCUAUCUGCUGUUUAUAGGAAGUGUCAUCUCCGUGUGUGAAGGGGCCUACUUUGUGGCUCAGCUGCUGGCCGCCUGCUUCCAGUGUCGACCAGAGUCCCUGGCCUCCAGAGCAAGGGAGAAAGCCCGCUGGCUGGGCUGCUUCCAGAAGUUCCUGGCAUACAUGUUGCUCUCUGUGGCCUGCUUUCUCCACCCUGUCCUGGUCUGGCACGUGACCAUCCCAGGCUCCAUGCUCAUCAUCACCGGCCUGGCCUACUUCCUGCUGAGCAAACGGAAGAAGAGCAAAGCCAACCUGGAGGUGCUGGCUCCCCCUGAGCAGUACACGGACCCCUCCAGCAGUGCCGUGAGCACCACCGGCUCUGGGGACACGGAGCAAACCUACACCUUCCACGGGGCCUUCAAGGAGGGGACUGGCUCCCUCUUCAUCCACAUGAAGAGCAUCCUGAAGGGGGCCAAGAAGCCCAAUGCCCUCCAGUGCCCAGACACCCUGACAGAGCUGACUCUGGAGCCAGCCGACUCGCUGGUCAAGAAGAAGCAGGUGCACUUUGAAGACAGUAUGGUCAGAAUCAUCCCGUCUCUCACUGAAGACCUGGAUGAUGGGGACAGCGAGCCAGAGGAGACCACAUCUGACACCACUCCCAUCAUCCCUUCCCCACAAGCCCCUACCUUCUUGUCUUCUCUCACGGACACCAACCUAUUCUGA